AUGGAAAUUAUAUUUCUAUCGGCCCUGGCUCACCGUUCUACACUCGACUCGAGCACCACAAUAAUACUAGAAUGUUUGAAUGACAUAGAAUUUGUUAACAGUCACUUGUCUGUGAAUUCAAUCAUGUCUGCGAAAGCUAUACUUUCAAAUCUCAACUUUUGCACACCCUUCUCAAAUAACCCUGUAUUUUCCUUCGAGCUAUGA